CUCGCCAAUGCUUUCUCGCGGAGCGAUUAUUGUCAAUCGUACUUUGAUAAUCUGGACAUUGAGUUCGCACGAAUCCUCACUUGCGUCGCAUCAGAUGGCAGACGACGCGGUGAACCUCACAGUUCUAGAUGCAACGGAUUGGAGAGCAAACCUGUAUGAUGCGGACUGCACGCAUUACAAACACGCUGAGCCUGUUCAGCUUCCUAUGCCGCUUCAUGUCAUGUAUGUUGGACUCUGGACGAAUUCUUUUUGACCUCAUUGUGGUCCUACCUCUGACACCAAGACACGCACUUCCUUGUCGC